AUGCAAGCUGGCUUCCUGAACCGGCCAACAGCGCCAGCGGCCCGACGGCAGAGGGAGAACACCAGUCAUGUGAAGGACAUCGCGAAGCUGGAGCAGGUGAAGACCUUUGCAUGGGGUCACAGCAAAGAUGUGCUCAAGGAGCACAGUGCGAAUAGUGCCACUGCAAAUGAUGGAGGUGACGGGAUGCCGGUUCCUCGCAAUGACCUCGGGAAGCCCACCGGUCGCUUCGACGUGGGCGACAUCUGUGAAGUCGUGGGCGGCGCGCUGGUUCGCAGAUCAGAAGACCUCGACAGCGAGAAAGUCGGCCAGUUGGUGGAUGGGUGCCGUGCAGAAGUCGUAGAGAUAGGUUCUGGGCCCAGUGGCAAGCGAAUCGCGAUAGAAGACACCGAUGGGCUUCGAGGCUGGGUCAGCGUAGUUGCCACCACGGGGGAAACGCUCAUCCGCAUUAUCGAGAAGGAGCUGCGAGGUGAAGCUCGGGCGAGGAGGCUUGAAGCUGCUGCGAAAGCAGCACGGCACGAUUGCAGCAAGCCCACCUCACGCUUUGACAUCGGAGAUGUGUGUGAUGUAGUGGGAGGAGCGAUCAUGCGAGAAACUGAGGAGUUAGACAGCCGUCAGCUUGGGAAACUGCAGAACCGAAGUCAGGUUAAGGUCGUGGAGAUUGGAUCAGGACCGACGGGCAAGCGCUUGCUGGUGACCGACGACACGGGUCGGGCAGGUUGGAUCAGUGUCGUCUCAUCCGACGGCACGCAGCUCUUGCGCCCCGUGAAGACGCCAGAGCCAGCGCCAGUGCCGCCAGCUCCUGCGAUGGAGGUGCUGGACGUCGUGGAGAGAGCGCCAGAGAGGACGCCGGGUCCCCUCAUCUCGCAGGUCCACAAGGACAUGGUUUCGCAGGCGCUGGCCCCCUUCGUGGAGCCCGCAGUCCUGGUGAGUUCCGCUCGCGCUCAGCGUGGCUUCGACCUGGAGGUGUCCUAUUUGGAGAGGGAGCACAUGGAACAGCUCCUGGCCGACAAGUUUGCGAGCGAGGGCAUCCAGGAGCCGAGCUACGACCAUGUCAAGCUACGUGACGCAAAGGGUAAGUGGUACAAGCCCGGCGAAGCACCGGACGUGCCGACGCCCGACCUCUUUCCAAUUACUCUCUACUACCGGCCCCCGAAACCAGAGCAAUCUGCCGAGAUGGUCCUUGCCUUGCGCCAGAGAAAGGCAUACGAGUCCUUGACGCCAACUCAGCGCCGCGGAUUGUCAGAGGUGCAGCGGCAGCUGGAACGCGCCUACUCAACGGAAAGCAACGACUUGCUGGACCGCGCCAUGCGCCUGGCACACUCUCUUGGCCUCCCUCUAGGCACUGCCGGACUUCCUGUGUCGCUGAUGCCCGAGUCGGUGUGCUUUCCGAAAGGCAACGAGCCCUUGCUGUACGAUGGGCACCUCUACUCCAUGCAGUCCACUUCCAUGUUGGUCUUCGAUCCUCCCGACUUCAGUGUGCCCAUGGGAGUUUGGAAUCCUCAGCGCCAGCGUGUCGAUCCUGCCGUCAUGCAGAGCGAGGUUGCUGGGCGCACCGACAUCGUCCACUUUGGCAAGAGCUUUCACAUGCUAGAGCAGGGACAUGUCAUUGACCCAGACUCUCAGCAGGUAGUUGGGAUGAUACGUCCUAUGAACGGUGACUUCGAGUUCUUUGAUCCCAUCCCUCUUCCUGUCGCCGAUUUCAUGAUGAGGCGUGGCUUUCGACUGGAAGCUCCUUCCGCGAAACUCACAAAUGGACCUUUCGUGCAAAUCCUCCCUCAGGUGGAGGAUGAUGAUGGGAUCCCGGAGCUGCAUCUGCAGAUGCAGGCCGCAGGCAAUGCGAAAGCACUGAAGUAUGCGCCAAUUGAGCAGCGCGGGAACAAGGACCUAAUGAUCCAAGCGAUGCGACAGGGACAGGGUCCCCAGAGCUGGAAGAUCAUGCUGUGCGGAACGCAAGAGAUCCUGGCGGAUCGGGACGUUCUGUCCGAAGCGGUGAAGCAGGACUAUAGUGCCAUGGCCUAUGCAUCCCACUUCUACAGCGACCGGAGCUUCAUGCUUUCGGCAGUGCAACAGCAUGGAGUUGCCCUGCAGUAUGGCACGGAGGAGAUCCGGGCAGACCCGGAGCUGGCCUAUUUGGCGGUGAAGGCGAGCUGGAGGGCGCUGUCGAACGUCUCGGAGAAGCUAAGGGGCUCCUCAAGGAUUGUCCGAGAAGCCGUGAAGCAGUGCUGGCAAGCCUUGGAGUUUGCUUCCGAGGAGCUUCGAGAUGACAAGGAUGUGGUAAACCUCGCCGUGAAGCAAACCUGGCAGGCCCUCCAGUUUGCCUCCCUCCGGCUCCGUGGCGACGCGGCCUUCAUGUCGAAAGUGGCGGCUCAGAGCGUCGAUGCUCUCCAGUUUGCUGCCGACACCCUUCUUGGCAGCGCCGACUUCAUGAAGCAGGUGGUGCAACUUGACGGCAUGGCACUUCGCUUUGCUGCGGAGCCGGUGAAAGACCGGGACAUGGUGCUGCAGGCUGUGCGGUCGAACUGGCACGCGCUGCAGCAUGCCCCUCCGUGGCUUCGUGCAGACAGGGCAGUGGUUCUGGAGGCUGUCCGGCAGCAUCAUUCCGCCCUGCAGCUGGCAUCUCCCGAGGUCCUUCUCGACGAGGAGCUCAUCUUCGAGGCAGCCCGGCGGCGACCUGACUUGCUGCGUGGCUUGCCCGACGAGCCUCGAUCCAGUAGAGGUCUCAUGAUGCGCAUGGUGAAGUUGCACCCCAUGUCGCUGCAGUAUUCCGCGGACCAAAUCCGAUGCGACGAAGAGAUUGUUCUGGAGGCUUUGCGGCGGAACUGGAGGAGCUUUCAGUUUGCCGCGCCUGAGUUGAAGGCCUCGCAGGGCUUCCUCCUCCAAGCGGUGCAGCUGAAUGCGCUUGUACUGUCCCUUGCUGAUGAGGCACUGCAAAAGGAUCCACAGAUCGUCUGUGAAGCCGUGGAGCGGGAGUGGGAGAUGCUGGAGCACGUCUCGCAAGAUCUCCGUGGCAACUACGCCUUCAUGCUGGAAGCUGUAGGCAUCGAAGGGAUGUCACUGAAGUACGCAUCGGAGGAACUGAGCCAGAACCGUGAGCUCGUUGUAGCGGCCGUGGGGAAUUCGGGGCAGGCACUGGAGUUUGCGGCCCCGGAGUUGCGCUCAGAUCCUGAGCUGGUACUCAUGGCCACUCGCCAGGACCCCGAGGCGAUCUGCUUUGCGGAGGACCACUUGACCAGCGACUUCGCUUUCAUGUUCAGGGCCGUGCGGGUGGAUGGGCUGGCUCUGAAAGGUGCCUCGAUUGACUUAAAAGCCGAUCCAGACUUGGUCCUGGCCGCCGUGCAACAGAACUGGCGGUCCCUGAGCUACGCAAACCGGGCCCUGCGCUCGAACCUGGAGUUCAUGCUGCAAGCAGUGGCCGUGGACAGCUUUGCGCUGUCCAUGGCGGCCGAGGAGCUCUGGAUGCACCCGCAACUUCUGGCCGCUGCUGCCCAGGAGCAAGAGCACUCCUUGGACACAAGUCCGGAGGAGAAAAAUGAGGAUGAAAACAAAGGAGCUGAUCUGCGGCAGCUGCUGCAGCAGGCUCGGCCCAACUGGUCGGAGGCAGACCUGCAGUCUGCGGUGCAGAAGCUGUCCGUCAUCGGGGUGACAACCGCACCGCUUCUAGCACAGGCGCUUGCUAGCGACCUGAACGGUCGCUUACGUGCAGCUGGGCAGAAGAUCUUCACCGCCACAACGGUGAUGGAGCUGAAAGCUCGCUCGGCAGCGUCGAUGGCAGCGGCAGCUGCCGCAGACGCCGAAGCAGCGGCAGCGGUUGCGCUCGCGCAGCCGCAGUGCUCGCGGAAGGCAAGAUCUGGUGGGAGGCCGAAUGCCCGACUGACGUUCUGA